AUGACCAAGCUCUUUACAACAGUCUUUAUAUUUCGCAGACCAGGCUGGGACGAUUUAAUGAUUGUUUUCUCUUUGGUUGGCAGCAUUGUUGCGUCUUCUCUGGUGCAAACCUCGGCGGAUCUUGGCUUGGGGCGUCACACAGCAGCCGUUGCUUCAGAACCUGGAGGAACUCAGAGGAUGGUCAAGACAAAGAUCCUUCAGGUGGUCGGCUAUCCCUUUAAUAUCAUGGCCUACAGUCUUCCCAACGCAGCCAUUCUAAUCCUCAUCGAACGACUCGUCGGCAAAACGAAAGCCAUCUCCCGUCGAUUCCUCCGCGUUGUCGUUGCCAUCCAGAUCAUGCUGGCUCUAGCAUCAGUAAUCAUCAUCUUCGUUCAGUGUCGACCGACCAAGAUGCUGUGGGAUCAGUCAACGCAAGGAGAAUGCUGGAGUCCGCAUGUCUUCAACUACACGUCCUAUGUCGUCAGCGGCUUCACUGUCUUUACCGACCUCGUCCUUGCGAUUGUCCCUAUACACGCUUUCUGGAAGCUGCAACUCAAGGUGCAGGAGAAAUUGGAGAUCACUUUCAUGUUGGGACUGACAUUUCUCUCUGCGAUUUUCACCAUCAUCAAAGCUACAUACUUGGAUACAUUCAACGACAGAACAGAGCCUUUGUAUAACGUUGUAACUUUGAUCAUCUGGGGCUUAAUUGAGCAGAACAUUGUCAUCAUGGCAGCAAGUGUCCCAACUCUGAGGCCACUCCUCCGACUUAUCAAGGACAAGCAUCCUAUGCGAAGUGCUGUCGGAUACAUAAAGAGCGGUAGUGGGACCGAUCCGAAGCACAACGCAUCCGUCUCAGAGAUCCCUUUAGGCAAUGUUCAACAAAGGGCGGAACAAGGAAGUGAACCAAGCUGGGAGACGCAUAGUUCCUCCGAGGAGUUGAAUGGAAGGAGAGCUACACCACCAUUCGAGUAG